CUUUGCUUGAUUGAAUUUCGCGCUGAUACCUCGCGUUUUGAUUGCGCCCGCUCACAGCCUUUGCAAUACGAAUUGAGAAGUUUACGCAAUAAUGUGGCUUUAUGGAGAGCUAUGAGCUUGACUAUUAAUGUCAACGAUGUGAACACACAGAACCGGCUGAGCAUGCAGGACGAACAUAUCUGACAGGCCCCGCCGCGGGCACGCAUCCAAGUUCUCCACGCGGAUCGUGCAUUUGAGUAGAUCACAUGCAUAUUACCACGCAUCCAAGCUUGUCACCAGCUCACAUGAGCCUCCCCGGCAAGGACCUCGGCGAGUGGACUGCAGAGUCCAGACCCCAUGCAGGGUAGCUUUGCAGCCCCGCACGCCGCGUUUUCUUAGGGACAAUUAUCUAUGCCCAUCGUGCCAAUUAUCUAUAAAUGUAUAGAUCAGCACAGCUAUUCUACUGACAGCCCGCGGUGAGAACCAAACCUCGGCACGCAAGCUCUUUCGGGUUGCAAUGCCGCAGCCGCUUCUGAGAUACAUAGCGCACUAGGCUAGAAGCACACCUGGAGACAGGCCGGCGAGUAGACGUCCGCGGAGGGCCGGGUUAUUGACCCAGGAUGUUCAAGGCGAAGCGUCCUGUGAUGGCCUUCGUCGCUCUGGCUUUGGUGGCCAUUUUGAGCGGGGGAAGGGUGGCAGCGCGGACAGUGCGAGUGAGCAGUGGAGCGGGCCUUGCUGCGGCCAUCGCUGCCGCGGACGUGGACGUGGCGCUGAUUACAACGGAUGUCACAUUGUCAGAUGAUGAUUGGGCCAACUACACCUUGCCCAUUGAGUUGACACGCAACUUCACGGCAGUGGGGCAGGCGAACGCACAGAGCCUGCUACCAGUGGUGGACCUGGCGGCAGUGAAGCAAAAGGUGCGACUCCACGUGGGCUUUACGCUCACCUUUAAGAACGUGGUGCUGUGGCGCUGGCGCGACGGCUCCUCCAACCAGGCGCCCGGGCUGUCGCUGCUAGCGCCCACAGAGACGCCGCCGGAUAAUAACGACGGCACCGCCGUCGCCCUUGCGCGGUUUGAGGACGUCUACAUGCUGUAUCGCUAUUGCUUCCCCCUGUGGCUAGGCGUCCGAGCCGCCACGCUGUUCACGCGGCCGCCGGAGGUCCCGGGCAACAACACGCUGCAGUGGGACUACGUGUGGCCCAACAACUGCACCGUCGACAGCCCCUGGGCGCACCCGCAGCUGCGCUGCUACGCCUAUGUGGGCCUGUACGUGGAUUUGGCCGCACGCGGCUUGGACGCAGACAGCAGCGGCAAAAGCACCUUUUCCAAUGGCUACAUGGUGCAAUACCUGAACGCGGUGGGGCUGUGUACGGACGUGAUGCCGGACGACUGCCUCGCCACGCUCAGUCCAGUGGGCUGCUCGCUCUUCCUUAACUCCCAGCCGGAGGCGCCGUUGCCGCCCCGGCCGCCCGCGCCGCUGCCGCCUGCGCCCGUCAGCAGCACGGACGUGUCCAGCAGCGGCGGGGGCGGGGCGGGCACGGGCGUCAUUGUGGGCGCCGUGGUGGUAGGCGUCAUGGGUGGCUUGCUGCUUAUGGCGCUGCUGGUCUGGCUAAUGGUGACCGAGAGGCGCCGCCAGCGGGCAGGGAAGGCCGCCGCCGAUGGCGGCGCCGCCAAGGGCGCGCAGGAAGGCGGCGGCCGCAGCUCUGCCGGCGCCCGCACAGCAGGGGCCGACAGCAGCAGCACAGGACCGACCUCGUCGUUCACAGGCGUAGUGGUGGUGGACAUGGCGUCAGCCUGCAAGGGCAAGGAGACGGGGCCGGCAGCAGUGCGCGGCAUCACCAUGGCCUCAAGUAGCAGCGGCGGCGACUUCGCUGCUGGGGCCAGCAGUGAGCUGAGCGCCAGUGGCAGCGGGCGGGGGCAGCAGCAGCAGGGCAGCGGCAACGUGAUGGCGGGCAAGGGCAAGGCGGGCGGCACCGGCCCCAAAUGGGCCCCGGGCAGCUCCCCGUACCACCCCACAGCGCCCGUUGCACCGGGGAAGACAAUGGAGGAGACACCCGUGGUCACACGGCAGACGCCCGCACGCGCCGACAUCAAGCUCGAUGUCCGUCUUGGCGCGCCGCCGCUCGCUGCCACUGGCGGGCUUUCAUCGGAGCGCGGACUGCCGCCGCCCAAGACAGCAGGCACUGCCUCCAGUCGUGACACCAUCACGGACUCGAUCACGGGCACGUCUUCGAUCACGCCAUCGACGGCUUCCCUGAAUGCGGCAUUGGCGGUGUCAGAUGAGCGUGCCGCGGCGGCCCGGGCGGCGGGCUUCUUGGAUGCGGCUGCGGCAGUGGCAGUGCCUUCGUCGGCGGUGGCGGCGGCGGCGGCUGGUGCCUCGGCGGCAAGGCACGCAGCGGCGGCGGCGGAGGGCGGGCACGAGCGCAGCGCUGUUGUUCAGUCGGAGGUUACGCUGACGGCCGUGACGUUGGGCAGGGGUGGCUUUGGUCGGGUGCUGGAGGGCGAAUGGCAGGGCCGGCGUGUGGCUGUCAAAAUGGUGGCGGACGUGCACACCUUUUGCGGCUCACCAGAAGUCCUGCUGCAGAGCUUCAAGCAGGAGCUUGAGGUGCUCGCCCGAGUGCAGCACCGCUGCAUCGUGCAGCUGCUGGCCGCCUGCACAACCCCGCCGCGCCUGUGCCUCAUCAUGGAACUCAUGGAGACCAGUCUGGAGAAGGUGCUACACGGCUCGCGGCCGCUGCGGCUGCCGCUGCGCAAGGUGCUGUUCAUUGCGGCCGAGAUCGCGAGGGGACUAGAGGCCCUUCACCCCACCAUUAUUCACCGCGACCUGAAACCUGCCAACGUGCUGAUCAACAACGUCGCGGGCCCCAAGCCCGUCGUGAAGAUCACGGACUUUGGGCUUUCGCGCCUGCGCAACACCACGGUAGUGACCGCCACGCCCGGCGCCGGCACGCCCGCCUACCUGGCGCCGGAGUGCUACGAGGCGGCGGAGGGGCGCACCGUGGCCAUCACCUACAAGGCUGACUUGUACUCGCUGGGCGUGCUGCUGUACGAAAUGCUGGCGCACACGCUGCCGUGGGAGGGCCACCUGCCGGUGCAGAUUGCGGUGGAGGUGGCGGUGCAGGGCAAGCGUCUGCCUCUGGACAAGCUGACGCAGGCCCGCUGCCCGGCGCCGUUGAGGGAGCUGAUCUCGCAGAUGUGGGAUGCGGACCCGCUGCGCCGCCCAGCUGCGGCAGAGGUGGUUAAGGCGCUGGAGAUGAUGAUCGAGGCAAUGGACGCCGCCCAAGACGACGGACAGCCCCCCGCGCCGCCCUCGGCCGAGGUGCAGGCCCACGACGCGGCGCCAGCAGGCACAGCAGCAGGCGGCAGCGGGACCCAGCAGGAGCAGCAGCAGGCGGGCGAUCAGCAGGCGGAGAAGGAGGAGCCGGAGGAGUACGACUUCGGCCCUAUCCUCGCCAUCAGCCUCGCCAGCGAGGGGGCAUGGCGGCGCUAGCUGCGUGCCACCAGUGCCGGGGCGUGCAUUGGCGCCUGGGCAGGCGGCUGGUGCGCGCACACGUAUGGCUUUGCGUGUGGGGCGCUGCAGGCGGAAAGCAAGCUCGCCGGCAGUCAGGGGGUUGCUGGGAAUGACAAAUUGCAGAAGAUGCUUCCGGUAUGAAGAAGGCAGGGUCUUGUUCUUGCAUGGAGAAAGUUAUAAGGUGACUCGGCGCGUGGCUCUCUGAUAGCCGCGCCGGAAAACACCAAAAUGCAUGGGCACGGCCGCUCUACAUGAGUCGACGAAGCGCUCUAGGUAUGAUGGCAAACGCAUGCGAGACGCGACGACUCCAUUCAGGUGAUAUUUUAUGUUGUCGGGGCGUUCAGUGCAUCGAAGGGGGGCGCUAACGGCGCGAGUAACGGUAUCUAGCUAUGACAAAGGACGUCGCACGUGCGCUUUCGUUCGUUUGCGGUACCCGUAUUUACCUACGUGCAUCCACCGCAUGAAGCUCAUUCAUACGCAUGCCUUGUUGUGCAUGCGCGACUCAUGGCACAGCACGUACGCACGGGACAUGAACUAGCCAGUCCGGGAGUUCCAAGUCGCCAAGGGACCCCUGGGUAUGUUGCUCCUCAUCGAUUUGAUUAGAUCGGCAGGCUUUGUGUGAGACGAUGUUUGAUUGUCACGGUUUAUGAAAGUCAGACAUGCAACAUGCAAUAAUUGGCUGUGCUACUUUCACACAAUCUGAAUAUGCGCAGGCUGCGUGUCAGCACGCCCCAAGCAUGCUUAUGCUAGCGCUUUCCGCGCCGGUGGUGGGCUGUUUGCGAUUUCAUUAUGGAUCCAGGUUAACUAUGUUUUCCUUUCGUCGGUGUCAGCAGAGUGUCCCGUGUACGUUUUCCAGGAUGAAGACGCGGUGCUCAAGUAUAUGGCAGCUUUAUGGCGCUGCGUGCGAAACACACGAAGAGGACAGUCCAAUGGCUGGGGCGCCAUCCCGCGGCCCACGGGGCAGCAGCCCUACCCUGCGUGGCUGCGGAUGGAUGGGGGAUUGGGGGUAUGUGUGUGGCAAUGGCGUGAGGAGCGGAUGUCUAGUGGUGCAGGGGAGAGUCAACGGCUGGGUCAAAAAUGCAACUGCAGCGCGCAUGCAGGGGCACUACAGGGUCUUAUUAGAAACAUUGUUUUUUAGGAUUUUACGCGGAUUUCGUUUUUCUUGAGAGCGAAGCGAUCCAGGGGGGGCGAAGCCCCCCAGGAUUGCCCCUGUCCGUGCCUGUCUUGUCUAGCGUUUGCAGAAACGGGUUUGUUCUGCUGCAUUUAGUAUCUGUGCUUCCUGUCGGGCGAUGGAUUGGAACUGCAACCAGAAGCGUCCAGAAGGCUGCGUGUCCACAUCUCCGCGCCUACAAGGAUCCUAAUCUGUUCAACGCAGUCGCAUUUCCGAGCACGACUGCAGAGAGCGCAUGGACCGUACAUGUGAGACGGCAGAGCAUGACAUACGCAUGUUUCUAUUAUCGUGAGAGAGAAGCGAUACCAAGGUUAGCUGCGACGCAACAUGUCAAGGCGGAAAGUUAUUGUUUGUGGGGCCAGAUGCUGGCAUGUUGCAAUCUUGUGUACUCGAUCCGUACGUACUGGCGGUUCAGCGGUUGGUUGCCGGUGGCUUGAUGUGGGGAAGAGCAGGGGGGGAAUGUGAAGGUUGUUGGUGAACUGUCUGGCAAAGCCAGAGAACGGAUGCUGUUGACGGGUUCCAGCACUGGAGGUCGCUGUGGGGCUGUUGCAACGUGCUGUGGCGUCGUUGCGUUCCCCUCACAUUCCGGCGGGGCAGGACCGGAGCUUGUGCUCGUCAUGCGAAGCGUGCACUGAUGAUGAUAGAGCUUGCAGGACUGCGGUAAGGCGGUGGCGUAUGCAGGUAACGUGGAGGACGCGGUACGUUGUCAGGUCUUGAGGUGUUCCCUGCCACAAUAGGUCACGAUUUGUUUACGUUAGUUAUUGCGUUACAAGGUUGGGAGUGUGCGUUCCUCGCCUCAUCACUAAUAGCGGACAGUAAUGGCCAACAGGCACACUGUGUUACGAAACCGAGCAGUCCGUAUCUUCUGGAACGUUCGUGCUAUUUUGGCUUGAUCACAGCUCUGCAUGAUGGCUUUGGUGUCUCCCAGCAAGUGUCUCUUCAACAUUAGGCUCACGGCGUGUACAUUGAUGUGCUUCAACUCCCAUCAUGGCUGAUUAGUGCGCAAGAGAGUGAGCAACGGCAAACCCAUCCAUCCAGUGCUUGGAUUUGGCCAUGUGAAUGCUCGGCCGCAUGCCGUCCGACGGACAAGAAAGGGUUUCCCUCGCA